GCUAGCAGAAGUCUUCCUCUUCUUGCUAUCUGCAUCCUCACUCGUUACACGCCCUACUGCAACAAGUCACGGACGGUCAUGUCUGAGGCAGCCCCAGCUCCAGCAGCUCCUGCUAAAUCGCCAAAGCGGAGGUCAACGAAGGCCAAGAAGACCGGCCCCACAGUCUCCGACCUGGUUCUGAAGGUGGUGUCUGCGAGCAAGGAACGCAAGGGCAUCUCUCUGGCUACUCUGAAGAAAGGCCUGUCUUCUUCCGGCUAUGAUGUGAUCAAGAACAGCUUCCGCGUUCGACUGGCCGUCAGACGCCUGCUCACCAGCGGUCGGCUAACUCAGACCAAAGGCACUGGAGCAUCUGGAUCCUUCAAAAUCGGAGAAAAGGCAGCAAAGAAGAAAACCGUCAAGAAAGCCAAGAAGCCUCGGGCCAAGAAAGUCAAGGCCAAGAAGACAAGGGCGAAGAAACCAGCCGGGGCCAAGAAGUCUCCAAAGAAGUCUUCUCCAAAGAAGAAGAGAAAGACCAAGAGCCCCAAAAAGAGCCCCAAGAAGGCCAAAAUACCUGCAGCCAAGAAGACCAAGAGUCCCCGAAAGACGACACGCAGAUCCAGAGCCAAAGCUCCAGCCAAACAGCAGUGAGUUCAAGCAACUGGACAGUGACUAUUCUGGUACCUGCUGCUGCUGUUGGGUGACCAUGUUUAGGAACUCUUGAUGUGCUUGAUUUGUGCUCUGUGCAUGUUUUAAACCAUAUGGUUAGAUUAGAUAGUCUGGAUUUACCUGUCAUCUUUGCUUUGUAAACUAAUGGCAUUCUGAAUGUCCAAGCUUUAAUAAAAACUAUGAUGUAUAAAGAAUAAAA